AUGUCAACGGAACGUCGCAUCAAGGGAUUGAAGACCAAGCUGAAGAGCCUAACCGUCUCAUUCAACCUGAUCAAGACGUUCGUUAACAAUUACCAGGAAGAAAGGGAUGCCUUCGAGAUACCGGUACGCCUUGAGAACCUCGACAAGGUGUGCACCGACUUUCAGAGCACUCAAUCAGAGCUUGAAUCCGUCGAUGAGACGAUCGACGAGCAGCUUAAAGAACGGGUCGACUUUGAAACUGCCUACUACCGGGUGAAAGGUCUUCUGCUAUCCAAAAAUAAAUCUCCGCUAUCGACGUCCAUGACUACGUCUUCUUCUUCAAGCUCACAAGUCCAUGGUUCAUCGUCGCAUGUACGCUUACCCGACAUAAAACUUCCUACGUUUAGUGGAAACAUCGACACCUGGUUGAAUUUCCAUGAUCUGUAUGUCUCUCUGGUUCACUCUUCUGUCGAAUUAUCUAACAUCCAGAAGUUUUACUACCUUCGUUCCUCUCUGGCUGGAGAGGCCUUAAAACUGGUUCAAACGAUUACCAUCAGUGCCAAUAACUACCACGUGGCCUGGAAUCUGCUGGUUGAGCAUUAUCAAAACCCUUCGCGUCUGAAACAAUCGUACCUCGACGCUCUUUUCGAAGUCGGUACCCUGAAACGCGAAUCUGCGGCCGAUUUACAUCUGCUGGUAGAGAACUUCGAAGCCAAUGUGAAGGUGUUGAAGCAGCUCGGUGAGAGAACCGAGUUUUGGGACUCCAUUCUGAUCCGUAUGCUCAGCGUCCGCCUAGAUCCCACAACUCGAAGGGACUGGGAGGAAUUAUCUUCAACUAAACCAGACGUGACGUUCAAGGAUCUGACCUCCUUUAUCCAGCGAAGAGUGAAUGUUCUGCAAACGAUCCAGGGAAAAGCUGUCGAUACUCCAGCAUCCACUCAACAGAUGAAAAGAUCCAGUCAACGUGUCGUUGCUAGUCAUGGGGCCAGUCAAGUUCAAGCUGGUCGGAAAUGCGUCGUGUGUUCUGAUCAUCACCCACUCUAUAUGUGCCAGCUGUUCUCAAAACUCGACGUCGAAGCGAAGGAAAAGGAAGUUCGCCGCCAUCAACUAUGCCGUAACUGCCUGCGCACGGGUCACCAAGCUCGAGACUGUUCGUCAUCCAGUUCCUGCCGAAAGUGUCGAGGUCGUCACCACACACAGCUCUGCUCCGGGAUGAAUUCUGCCUCUGUAAGCUCCAGGCAACCAAGUCCUCAAUCAACAGCUACAGCAUCCUCUGCGAAACUCGAACAGCCGAAAGCAUCUGUAUCCGCUACCGUCACCGCACCUUCAAGCCAUGCAAGCACCGGUCAAGCACGAAAGGGCGUACUUUUGGCUACCGCAGUCGUUAAAUUAGUGGACGACAACGGCACUGAACAUGUUGCCAGAGCGCUUCUCGAUUCCGGUAGUGAAUGUUGCUUCAUUACCGAAUCACUCUCGCAAGUCAUCAAAUCUCAGCGCACAAAAAUAUCCGUUCCGAUCAGUGGCAUUGGGCAAUCAUCAACGUACGCACGGUACAAGAUCGUCGCUUCGAUUCAAUCAAGGGUUUGUGACUACUCCACCUCUGCUGAGUUCCUUGUUCUGCCCAAAGUCACCAUCGAUUUGCCCUCUGUUCAAGUAGACACUUCUUCUUGGACCAUUCCUCCCGGUGUUCAGCUAGCCGACCCAUUGUUCUACGAAUUAAAUCCAGUGGAUAUUAUCAUUGGCGCAGAAGUAUUCUUUGAGCUCUUUAAAGUUUCAGGUCGCAUUCAGCUUGGUGAAUCCCUUCCGACCUUGGUCAACUCAGUCCUUGGCUGGAUAGUGUCUGGAAAGACUUCGCACGGCACUUCGAGGCCUCCAAUCAUCGCCAAUGUUGCAACGAUCACCGAUUUACAUAAGCUCAUCGAAAAGUUUUGGUCAAUCGAAGAAGACAAAAGCACUCCAAACCAUUCCGUCGAAGAAGCCGCUUGCGAAGAACACUUUCGACACACCGUGAAGCGCAACUCUGAGGGAAGGUACAUUGUUCGCUUACCCGUGAAGGAAAACGUCAUCGAACAACUUGGCGACAACCGUUCUACUGCCGUCCGUCGUUUUCGAAUGCUGGAAGGUCGACUUGUUCGUAACCCAGGCAUAGCACAGCAAUACCGUGACUUCAUGGACGAAUACCUUGCUUUGGGCCACAUGAAGCAGGUGUUUGACUACCAGUCGCCUCCAUCUCCAUGCUAUCAUAUGCCUCACCACGCUGUAGUUAGAGAAGAGAGCACUACGACGAAACUGUGA